GUUCGCUUAUGCAAAGAAGAAGAGGCGAGAGCAGGAGCGAGCGACGUCCCGUCUCCAGUCAUCAAACCGAGCAUUCUUUAGUCCAGUCGGUAUAAACUGGUAAUUUUGAACGCUUUAUUUAAACUGACUGAAAUUAUAUACAUAUUGAUUAUUUUAUUUCGGAAUAGUUAUACUAAUAGUCAUGUUAUAGUCACGGAGUUAGCAACAUGCUAUCCGGACAGCCAUUUAACAUUUCGGUUUCAAGUACACAACUUUUAAGCUGAAAACAUAUAAAUAAUGGGUCUUUUCGUUUGUAAAAAUGUACGUGUCUUUUAUUAAUUGGGCCUAUAUAAAACGAAAAGUAAUUACAAUCAAAAUUGAUGAUUAGGGUAUAGGCCUAACACUAACAUUAAGUGUGCUAACGUAAGUAAUUAAGUUGGCUAACGUUAUAACACUAUUCUUUGAUGUUGCUAUGUUGUUAAAUAGAUUUAAGUCAUCUUUAUUUGUAAAUGUUUUUUUGUUUGUGUGUUGGCUUUUUGUUUUGACUCAUUUAUAAAUAUGUCUCUUAAUAAUUAUUUUGUAUUACCUCAUGCCUUCAAGUAUUUUGUAAAUGUAACAAAAUACCUUUCGGCUAUCUGCGCCAUAGAUUUACAUAUGCUGACAGAAAAUUGGCAAAAUAUUUAUUCAAAGAAUACAAAUUUUAAAACAUGAUGGGUGGAUAAUUGAACCAUUAUUUAAAAAAUGUGGACUAAAAUCAAAAUUUAAAUUUGGCUUCAAAUUAUGAACCGAUUUGUGUAUAACGAUCUAUUUCUGUCAAUCCAAAACUUGUCCUGUCUCCCAUGACAAUAUUAUAAUACACAUUUGUUGUCCUUUUUUUAAAUAACCAUGUUCAGUAUAUGGGGAGUGUUUUUGUCUCCUUUAAAUGUAGGUUAUGCAAGAGCUUAUUCUUCAUUCCAGAGGAUAACCUGGAUUUGGAUAUCCGCUGAAUUAGCUUUCCCGAAGAUUGCCACUUUUUUUAAUCGCACCACUUUUUCCCAUUGGGCAUUUUCCCCUUAAAGUUCCGGCCCAUUUUAAAAAUUCAACCCAAGUACCACCUGGCUUCAGGAGAGACUGAAGACUUCAUUUUCCCAAAAUCCUCUCCAAGAUACGCAGCCCCGUCUUUUGUCCUUUUCUCUUUUUUUUGACGACAUCUAGUUUGAGGAUUUUUUUUAACUCCCCCAACCCCCACACCCCUUACUCAGCAUUACUGGAGAAAAAGAAAAAAAAUAUAAAAGGACAUUUUCCAGCAACUACCAAUUUUAACAAAGCAGUCUGAUGGGAGCAGGUCUCGAAGAGAGGCAGAUUAGGCCACAGCUUGCCUCUCUCACCCUGUACCCUGUUACUCAUCAGUCAAGUGUUCCUUCAGGAUCCACACAGCACGGAGUGACCCUUCAAGAGCUUGAGAUCACCAGGGAACAUCUCAACCACUGCAGGGAGAUUCACCCGGACCCUUAUUGCGUCCCGGACGAGAUCCAGGCGUCACUGUGAAGAUCCUGAGAAUUGUUCCAGAAUGACCAUGCAAGGAGAUGACUGCUACUUCUACUAUUAUUCAACUUGUACCAAGGGUGACAGCUGCCCUUUUCGACACUGUGAGGCCGCCAUGGGCAGCGAGACUACUUGCACCCUAUGGAAAGAGCAAAGGUGUUUCCGCAACAUCUGCAAAUUUCGCCAUAUGGAGAUAGACAAAAACCGCAAGCAAAUCCCAUGUUAUUGGGAAAACCAGCCUGCCGGCUGCCAGAAACCACACUGUGCUUUCCAUCACAGGAAGCCACGUGUCAUUGAUGGCUCUUGUAUCCCCCCAGACAAAGGACAUGCUUUGAAGAACGAUAAGGAAGAGCCACAUGAAGACCAAGUCAACCAAGUCUCAGCCCCUAUUUCAAAUCCCACUAACCCACAAAUAAGAGGAGUCAUCAGAACUGAGACCCAAGAGAAUGUCCCCAGUCCCACCCAUCCACCAGUGGUUAUCAACCCUGUGGACGAUGAUGAUGAGGAUGACCAGUUCUCAGAAGAAGGAGAUGAAUCUAUUGGAGGCUCACCCAGAAAAUUGAUCAAAAAUGAUUCUCUAAACUUUGGUAUCCAGACCCUGGAGGAGAUCAGGUUGAGGAAGUCACUCAUGGCCAAUUUAAAGAAAGCUGGGCAGUCCAACAUGCACAGCUCUGCUCAAAACAGCGGAAAUGCUAUUGAAAAAGAAAACAUUCAGGCUUUCCUACAAUCAGAAAUUAACAAUGCCAGAAAUAAUUCUUCUAAAAGUGAACUUGGAAAAAUAAAAAUUGCAGACAGGCUUGGAAAAAGAAUUUUGAAAAAAGAUGCGGCUGUGGAGGAAGAUGUCCCUUUAAAGCGAUGCAUUGCUGAACGUCUUGGUGGAUUUAUUGAAUCUUCCACAGACAUGCCUCCACAGAAAGCUCAAAAAACGGUGCGUGAAAGACUCGGAUUGACCAAUGACCUCCCUACCACUAAUACGGAGCCAAAGUCUUCUGGAGACAUACGUAUAAAAACUCUUGAGGAGAUUCGGCAAGAAAAGGCUGCCAGGACCCUCAACGUAAGCAAAGUUGUUAAAGAAAGGCCAGUGAAGGACCCCAGCCCAUCCAAAAAAACAAGCAAACCUAGUGGUGCACCUCAAGUGAAGACGUUCUCUGAAAUCCUUUAUGAAAAGAAAAAAUUGAGGGAGGAAAAAGCUGAGGAAACAAACUCAGCUGCUGGAAGCCCAGAGAGGAAUGAGGGGCCCUCCACUGCCGGGGCUGCGGUCAAAGCCUCUGCCACAGCUGGAGAAGUACGAGUGAAGACACUUGAGGAGAUACGCAGAGAGAAGGCUGCACGAAUGCAAGCACAGCUUCAGGAGACGACAAAUAAGAGCACAACCUCUUGUGAAGUAGAGUCUAGUGAAGCUCCAAAAAGGCGAAUUUUACGCAUUAAUAAAACUAAACCUGCUACAAACACUGCGAGUCAGACAAAACAAGAUACAGCUGAUAAGAAACCCGAAACUGUUACGGAGGCAAAUGGAAAAGGGGGUAGCUCGAGCGAGCCCAUAAAAGUUAAAACGUUUGAAGAGAUCAUGCGAGAGAAGAGACUUCGCAAGCAACAGGAGGAGCAGGGCACCUCCACCAUCCAGAAAGAAGCCGAAUCAUCUAUAACUGCUGCCUCGUCACCCGCUGCCUCGUCACCCACCUCUGAACCCUCCAUUCAGCCACAGACCUCAGUGAGACAACGCAUUACACUCAAACCUAAAACCCCACCGAUCCCUGCUGCUGUAGCACCCCAGAAAAAAUCCCCAGAGCGGUCUGAGGACAGUGCUCCAUCUUUAGAUACUCCAAAGCCCUCAACCCCUGCAGUGUUACCGGUCCAGCUGGCCGAGGGAACUAUUCAGACAGUGGAGACCAAAGUGAAGCCCAAGGUAAAUGUGAAACCAUCAGUAAUGAAGCCAGCAGUUCAGCCUGCCCAGAAGAGGAAAGUUUCCAAAGUUCAUCACUCCGCCAUUGCUGAAGUAAAACCUCUUAACGCUGGCUGUCAGACACCUUCAGCGCCAGUUAUGCCCAAUAAGCGGCAGAAGUUGCCCACGCUACCUAUUGAGACGGACACUCAGCAAGUGCCCUCAAACACAGAGGAUGUUAAUAUGGUGCCUAAAGAGGAUGUUAAAAUGGAGCCUAUAGUUGAGCCCAGCAGUACUACGCCAAAAGCAUCCGAGUCUGUUGCUGUCCUUAAAAGCCCGGUGAACAGAACACCUAGUUUGCGUUUUCGGCGUUCCAGCAGCACAACUGUUCGUUCCACGGCUGUCGCUGUUACCAGUUCAUCCUCAAUGGAUGAUUUUGAAGACCUGUUAGAUGAGUUUACUGAUGAUCGACUUGAGGAUGAAUUGGAAUUGGACUCGGGCAAGGGAGAGGACGACCUCCUUUUGGAACUAUCAGAGAUGAUUGACAGUUAGAUAAUAUCCCAAGUGCCCUCUGCCAUUUACAAAACACUUUUGGAUAGGUUAAGGAUAGAAAGGCGCUUUUUUUAUUAAAAUUGUUUUAUUUGCAAACCCAGAUACUUGUCUGUUUUAAUGUUCCUUUAAAAAAUUUUGUCAAUGUAAAUAUGAUUUCUUUAUUGAGCAGUAGUGCUUCAGAAACACUAGUGUCUGUUUUUUUUCCCCGGUUCUCUUUAUUUUCACUACUUAUAGUUGUUAAAAUCUGUUCAGAUAUGUAUAGCAAGACAGCCUCAGGUAUAUUUGAUUAUGUUAAAAGUGAUGUAUAGCACUAGCACAUAAAUCAUGUAUUGCAGUGAUAAAAAGUUUUCAAUUGUGUACUGUGUAUGCUAAGAUUUGCUUUUUGUUAGAGGCACAGCAAUGUAACACUUAAUUCUUUUAUGGUCUCAUGCAAAAAGAUAAUUUCAACAGGUGAUUUCCCUCACAAUUGAUAGGAAAACAUUUUAUUCAAUUCUAUUAAUCUUAAAUCAUUUUAAUGCUAUGAAACGUUUUAUUAUGAUUAAACUUUUUUUUUCUUUCAUUUAUGCAGACGAAGUCCUACCACCAAAUUUUUUCAUUAAAAAAUUCCUUGGGACCGUCCAUAAUUGUUUUCUAUUUAUUUUAAUAGUGAAUCAUUCUUGGACUUUUGACUUCAUUUAAAAUGUGAAUAUGAAAAGCCGUGUGCUCAGGGAUAAUGUUUCAGAUUUUGCAUAUCUUGGCUUACAUGAAUACUUUUUUGUUUGUCUGCUCGGAACCAUUUGGCUCAUCCUGUUCAUUAGUUCCUCUUAUUUUUGUUAAACUUGACAUGGCAUUGCAUUAGAAAAUGGGACAUAAAAAUAUUGUAUUUUGUGCUGCUGAUGCCUGCCUUCAGUUGUGUUGCUCCUACAAAGUCAUUUUUGUAAAUAAAAUGUUUUAGCUCAAAUAUG